CCGAGUCUCUUAACUUGCCAUGGAGUGAUUGGUGCUGGAAAAUGUCGGCGCCAUUCAGAGAAAUCUCGGAGAAAAUGGAGUAUUUGGAGGCACGACGCGAUCAGUUGGUGCAUCCGGCGGCCCCUGGCAAGGAGUCUAGUGUGCAUACCAUGCAUGGCAUUGCGUAAUGGCGACCAAGGUUACUAUGGCACCACCUGGGGUCACCUCUACCCCUACAAUAGCGCCAGGUGCCACGCUCUCGUGACCUAUAUACGUGAGCCUGUCUGGUGUGCUCCCGCCCUAGGCCUAGUAGGAUUUACUCGCAAGGGAAAGAGCGUAAACAAACGUAUAGCCAACUAUGUGUUCAUUACACUGUGAUCAUAAGUGGUGCGUAAUUACAAGAGUAAUCUAAUUAGAAAUACUGUGAAGCUGAAGACUUUCCAUUUUACAUGUAAACGAGUCGAUCGACGGCUACUGAUUUUUCAGCCCAAUUUCUGUAGAGGAAGAGUAAAUUGUGAGCAAGAUAAGUGAGUGCAGUGCUUCAGAUAAACGAGGGUGACCGUGUAUGUGUGGCACAGUGUGAGGAGGUCACACGCUUGUACUCACUCACCAUUAUUUUUGAUGGACGUGCGCGCGUGUGUAUGUGUGUGCGGGUGGAUUUGUGUGCGCGUGUGAGUGCGUGUGUACGUGUGAGGCUUGUAGUGAGCCCGGGUAGUAGUAAAGAGGAUGUUCAGGUCUAUUUGUUAGUGCUUGUUUACAAUCAUCGCUGUUGCAAGCGCACGUGUACUCCGUGUAUUUGUGUAACAUUUGUAGUCAUAUACAAGUAUACGUGUGUGUGAAACAUAUAUGUGAGCCAAUGUGUGUUUAUGAAUAUAUUUUUGAGGUCAGUUUCCCAGUUACUUAUACAGCUUGGCGUGUGUAUAAGAAGAUACGUAUUGUGUGUUUCGUUACGUGGUUACGUGGUUAAAAUUACGGAUAUAAAUGUUUGUGGUCAUGCGCCAACAUCGUGUAUUGAAACACUGCCGUACUAUUGUUUGGUUACAUAUAAAAUAGCAAGUGGAGAGAAAAACAAAGAUGAUGGUAAUUACAACAGCCCCAACUACCUGUGUCAGACAAGUGAGACGAGACGUGGGCGCAGACGAGGUGUGAUGGCGGGACACAGACAGACACAGAGAACCCCAGCAUGUAACACUUGUAUUGAUCCAUAGAAUCCUCGAAGGCCACCUUGCUCAAGAUGAGGCAUUCAAUAGUGGCUGUGGCCGCUAUCUUGCUGCCCCUCGCCCUCGGCUACGACUCCAACCAUCAGUUCCAGACUUUUGACAACGGUGCAUUGUCUCCCAUGGGUAACCUCGAGAGCCUGGUGAAAUCCCUACAGAAGGAAGUAACUGACAUCAGGAAGGAGGUUCACACCCGUAUGGACACGAUGAAAUACGAGCUGACAUGUGAGAUCCGCAACAUGAAGGAGGCACUGUCGAAGGAGCGGGAGGAGAUGAGUGCCAAGGUGGACCACGUAGCCCUCGAAAUGACUGACUUCAAGAAGAAGCUCAAGAGAGGACUUAGGAGGGUCGGCACGCAGAACGACGACAUCAAGGGCGAGCUCAGAUCGCAGAAGGCCGAGCUCUUUGCCGUAAGGAACAGUGUGUACGACGCCCGGGAGGAGGUGCUAGACAAAGGCAACUUGAUCCUACGGAAGGUGAACGCCACGAACGGGACUCUGGUGUGCCACCUGAGCGACCUACGGACCAAGCUAUACAAAAUCAAUAACAACCUGGCGUUCAUCUCAGACGAGCACAAGAAGAUGAUGGAUGUGAUGACCCACAGGUUUGGUCAGCCUAAGAAGUACAGCAGCGAGGACUAUAAUGACAGACUCCUGCCUGGCUGCACCUACACCCCCCUCGACACACAUGAGCUCGGCCUCGACGCCCUCAACAAGAGCUUUGUCAACGAGACUCUCCCCAAAGGCGUGAGUGGCCUGGACGCGGACAGGCCAGACAGACCCACCUCGCCCAGUGAGGACCUCAUGCCCCCGGAGGUCACUCUACUGCCCACCAUGCCUGAGGACUGCAAUGACGAUAAAAGGAAGUAUCUCGAGUACCCGCCAAUGCCCCGAGACUGUAAGGACGUGUUCGACCUGGGCUUCAUGGAGAACGGAGUUUACCGCAUCCAGCCACCAGGUUUAUCGUCACGGGAGGUAUACUGCGACCACCACACUGCUGGGGGAGGCUGGACCGUGAUGGUGGCACGUCGAAAGCAACCCAGACACAUCUCAUUCAACCGCUCCUGGCACGAGUACGAAGUGGGCUUCGGUGACCCCAGCAAGGAAUAUUGGAUAGGGCUGAAGGGGCUGCACGCCCUCACCAGCGGGCGGCCUCACCAGCUGAGAGGGGACAUGGAGGACUGGGAGGGCAACACCGCCUGGGCUGCUUACACCUUCUUCGCAGUGUCUGGGGAGGAGGACAAGUACCGCCUCAGGAUCGCUGGCUACACUGGCACGGCGGGAGACAGCAUGAGACACUCCCACCACCAGAUGUUCUCCACCGUCGACCAGGACAACGACCAGGAAAACUCGGGUGGUGAUGGCGUGUCUCCUGCAGGGGGUAGCUGCGCGCGAGGCCGUGGUGGCGGCGGGUGGUGGUGGGGCCGCUGUGCGUGUACACAACCCACUGGACAGUACCGGCGGGGACGCUACCAAGGACCUGAACGAGGUAUCACCUGGUGGCACUGGAAGGACUCCAACUACUCCUUGAAGACGCUACUCCUCAAAAUCAGGCCGCUGGAAUGAUGGAGCAGUGACGACAAGCCUCAGGAGUGAUCAAGCCGCAGGAACCUCAACCAGCCAGCCGUACCAUGAAGAUUUCUCCAACUGUUGAAGUAGGCUGGUACACCUCUACCAACAUAAUACUUUAUAAUAAACGAUUUUCAACAUAGGCCAUUGAAAACUGUGCCGUGGAAGGUCGUAAAGUCGCCAAAGGCCUAUAUCACUAUAACCCACGGAAAAUCUAUCAUUCAAUGACCUAUGUUUAAAAUUUCACAAACGAUUUUCAACAGAGGUCAUCGUCAAAUGUGCCACAGUGGGCUUUAGUAUCAUAAAGGACCCACCAAACUAUAGUACUACUCUAUCUCACGGAAGAUUAUUAUUCAGUGACCUAUGUUUAACAUCGUUAAUGAUCUGAACCGAUUAAGAACACUCCAGGAAUAACACAAUUUCAAUGUUCUAGUCUAGUUAACCACCCCAUAUUCACUCCCUAAAUGAAUGUGGUUUGUCGUCGAUGUGGCCUCGGAUACACUUAUGGUCUUCCAUACGUCCUCAACAACUUCAUGACUUGGUCUAGUCUCCGGGACUUGGCGAAAAUAGGCUCCUCAGCCAUGCAUUUGCUUUCACUGUGUUCAUUAUUAUUAGGCUAUCUUAAGGUCUUUGGUCUUCGGUGUAAGUGUAAGGUUGAGGAUAAUAAUUAUGAUGACUUGGUCACGUGAUAGACCACAAGGAAGCAAUUCGUUAGAGAAUGGUUUCCACCUUCCUUAACAGCGUCUCUACCAAGACCCACUGUACACACAACAGCAGUAUGCAAAGUGAAACUCAUAUUCAUAUACCUCGACUCUCAACAUACUGUAGCUCCAUCAUCACUCUGUGUUCAUAUUACUAAUGUCCCAUUUUUUGUCUUAAAUAACGAUGUAUUUCCCAUAUGGUAACUUUACAUAUUUAUAUGCACAAUUAUUUAUAAUAUACCUCAAAACACGCUUAGCACAGUAAGUGUCUUUGAUCUGCAGCAAUAUCAAACAAGAUCACAUCAAGAUCAAGCGAAUUUCUGGUGGCAUCAGCAGACCAGGUAUGAAAUAUUACCUGGAGUGCGUCGCCUCCAGGUAGCGUGAAUGACAAAUACGUGAAAUAGGUUGUUGCCUCUGCUGGCAGAUGAGGAAUGGCGGACAAGAUGGGACGUGAGGCUGUUAGAAAUUUUAACUUGUGAUGGUAAAGAUAAAAAAAAAAUGUUAUGAUGAUGCCAAUGAUAAUUUUUUUAAGAUGUUACAAGUCGUGAUGUUACAAGUCGUGAUGUUUCAAGUCGUGAUGUUUCAAGUCGUGAUAUUGCAAGUCGUGAUGUUACAAGUCGUGAUGUUGCAAGUCGUGAUGUUACAAGUCGUGAUGUUACAAGUCGUGAUGUUACAAGUCGUGAUGUUUCAAGUCGUGAUGAUGAUAAGAAGUCAAGCAAUGUGAUGUUAUGAAGACAAACGGUUGUGAUGUUGAAAAUUAAAGGGUUGUGAUUAGCUCUUAUGGGUGAUGAUAGACGCUAGACUAACAACAAUUGUGAUGUUGAAGUUUAAAUGGACGAAUUAUAGGGUGAAGGAAGGAAGGACAUCUUAAGGGACUAGAAGGAGCGUAGAGGAAGUUAAGAAGGAAGGAAAGAAUAGGCUAGGAAGUGUGUAGAAGAGAUUAAGAAGGAAGGAAGGGGCUAGCAGGAAUAUAGACGAGAUUAAGAAGGAAGGAAGGAAGAAAGGAAGGAAAGAAGGAAGGAAAGAGCUAGGGAAAGUGUAGGGGAGAUUAAAAAGGGAGGAAGGAAGAGCAUAGGGGAGGUCAAGAAGGAAGCAAGGAAGAGGCUAGGAGUGUAGAGGGGAUAAAGAAGGAAGCAAGGAAGAGGCUAGGAGUGUAGAGGGGAUAAAGAAGGAAG